GUCUUUAAGGUCCAAGGAGCCAGUCGAAGUGCUCUCAGUCAAGCAGCCAAGUCUAAGAUACGGGAAAAUCUCCUAUCCGGGACAACUGUUGCAUCAUUUUUUUCACGUAUGAAUGCGAUUGCCCUGGACACAACAGAGACUUCCGUUCAAGCUCCAGACGAAGUAGCACUGAUAGAAGAUGAUCUGCAAGUGGAGGAAGAGAUUGAGGGCGAUACCGGUCAAGCUACCAUCACAGAUCAUGAUCAACAAUUUCAGUCUUUAGAAAGUGCAGGGAAGCACGUGAAAUCUAGCAAAUGGCGUACAGUACAGAUCAAGGACCUUCAGCUGCAAGAAGACGGACAGUCGUUUUGCUCUAAUAGGAUCAGAUUGAUGGUCUGCUGUUGGUUGUCAACAUCCAUAACAUUGUCACCCUGUUGGACUAUUUGACUGUUUAAGGGAGAAGUCUUACUCAUUGAAUAUCCAAACUCAGUGCAUAAGUUUGUCGGAUCAAUGAUAGCUAUUCUUCCAGAUUGAGUCAGGAGAGGAGUUUCUCUCCAUAAUAAUGGUGCAUUUUAAAAAAUAAUUGGUUAUAGUAGGAUUAGUUUUAUUCUGA